GUUUACAGUGCCGAACGAGGUUCAUUGAUGUCUUGGUUGAAGUAUAUUUUCGACCUAGAUUCAUUGAAGUCAGCAACUCCAGUGAGGCGGCGGGGAGACCAAAACACGCCUAAAUCCUUUGGCUCCCACCACAGCCUCCACACCUGUGUGUCCUGGGAACUGCUAGCCUUCCCUCACCAGAUGUAGUGGGGAGUUGUCGUUUCCAGCCUUGUACACGACCUUUGUGCUGUCUAGUGAAGUAACCCCACCAUGCGUGAAUACAAGCUUGUGGUGUUAGGCUCCGGCGGUGUCGGCAAAUCUGCACUGACAGUCCAAUUUGUACAAGGUAUUUUUGUGGAAAAAUAUGACCCCACAAUAGAAGACUCCUACAGAAAGCAAGUUGAAGUGGACGGGCAGCAAUGCAUGCUUGAAAUCCUUGACACAGCUGGAACAGAGCAGUUCACAGCAAUGAGGGACCUGUACAUGAAGAACGGUCAAGGCUUCGCUCUUGUAUACUCCAUCACUGCACAGUCCACGUUUAACGACCUACAGGACCUGAGGGAACAGAUCCUGAGAGUAAAGGACACUGAGGAUGUCCCCAUGAUCCUGGUAGGCAACAAGUGUGACCUGGAGGAUGAGCGUGUGGUGGGCAAAGAGCAGGGACAGAACCUGGCCAGACAGUGGAACAACUGUGCCUUUCUAGAGUCCUCCGCUAAAUCAAAGAUCAACGUUAAUGAGAUUUUCUAUGACCUGGUCAGACAGAUCAAUAGGAAAACGCCGAUAGAAAAGAAGAAAGCAAAGAAGAAGUCAAAUUGCACACUGCUCUAAAGUUCUUACUUGCAGCAGCUCUGAGCCAGGAAACUGAAUUACACAACUGUUGCCCAUUUGGAAGGUGCCAGCAUUCCAAGACCUUUCAACAACGUUUGGAGAAGUUUGAUAAAGGCAGACAAGUAAUUAUCUUCCUCACCACUCUAAUAAUGGAGGAUUCUUCUUCUUUGAUACUCUUCUCUGCUUCUUAAUGGUUACAGAUCUUUUUGUCUUUUUAAAAUGUUGUCAAUGGGUCAGCCUUGUGAGGAAGAGUUUUGCCUUUCCCCUGUUUUGGAAAUUAUAAUUUAAAAGAAGAGACCACCAUGCGGAUUUGGGGAAUUGGGUUGUUUUGAUUGCAAAUAUUGUCAGAUCUUCGGCACAUUUCAAAUGACAAAACGUUUGCAAAAUAAAUCAUGGGAAAUGUUGGCCUUUUUCAUUACCAUACCCUUCUGCACUAAUUGUGUCAACAGUAAUGCAUCAAUGUCCAUAUGUUUUCUUUCUCCUACUACUCUUAAGUACUUUUAUUCAUCAAAUAACAUAUUUCCUAAGUGACUUUGUUUUAUGGGAAGCUGUAAGGCUUUCAUAUUUCCCAUAAUAUAUUCUGAUUACUUUUUUGCAUAAUGCUGUGGAAAAUGUAUAUUUUAUAGAAUGGGGGAAAUGAAGACUUGAUUUGUUUGUCUUGAGGCUGAAAAUAUAUUGUACUAAAAACCAACUCUAAUAUUGCUUCUUGUUACCCAGUCACAAAAGAUUUUCCAGCUUUUAUGAAUGAUUAAAUUUUAGUACAUUUUCAUUA